UCCUGUAGAUGGAGUCCGUCCGAGCUUUCUGAUGUUUCACCAGAAAUGUCAAAUAGUCGUGUAGCCAGCCUUCUCGACAGCGAUGGCAACUCAGUCCCUGCCAAACGGCAUAAAACCGAUUCCAGUUAGCACAGCAGGUUGCCGGUAAGAUUCGAUCCAAAGGAAACGCUUCCCAGAGUCUUCAUGAAACGACUCGCUGCUAUAAUGGUCGGUCUGUUACGCGUAUCCUCCUGCAUGUUGGGAUAAAGCGCCGUAUUAAAAUUAACAUAAGAAGCUACGGUGCAAAAAGGAAAGGCAAGAAGGAUCGUCGGAUCAACUCUGUGGAAAAUGAGCCAGACAACCUGCAACAGUUUCUUGUAGCUGCAAUGUGUUUCGAGCCAUUUCAUCCAGCAUAACACUGACUGACCCUGUGUGAGACCCAAUGCCGAAAAUGGACAUUUCAUUGUCUGAAGACUGCUUCACCUGCUCUGUGUGCCUGGAUCUCCUGGCAGAGCCCGUCACCACUGCUUGCGGGCACAGCUUCUGUAAGCCGUGUAUUAGUGGAUACUGGGACAGCAAUGAUGUCUGCAAAUGUCCUCACUGCAGGCAGUUGUUUGCCCCAAGGCCCACUCUUCAGAAGAGUGUCAUUUUGACUGGCAUUGUAGAGAAACUGAAGAAAAGGGGACUGAUUUCAUCUCUUUCAAAAAAUUAUGCCCGUCCCCAUGAUGUCCCCUGCGACGUGUGUUCAGCCAGAAAGCUGAUGGCUGUUCGGUCCUGCCUCACCUGCCUGGCUUCCUAUUGUGAGAUUCAUUUACGGCCUCACAGGGAGUCCGAGGCUCUGAAGAAACACAAGCUCUUUGAACCAACUGGAAAUCUUCAGCAGAGGCUCUGCUCACAGCACCAGCGACUCCUAGAGGUUUUCUGUGCAACAGACCAGGUGUGCAUCUGCUAUGAGUGUGCAGCCCACGAACACAGGAAUCAUAACGUCGUGACACUUGAAACUGGGACAGCGGAGAAACGGACUCAGUUAGAGAAAACAAAGAAGGCAGUGAAGAAGAGCAUUCUGGGUAAACAGGAACAACUGGAGGAGAUGCGUCAAGCAGUGCAAAAAAUUCAGGUCUCUGCUGAGAGAGAAGUUCAGGAGUGUGAGGAGGCUUUCGGUUCUCUCCUGCAAUCCAUCAAUACUCUGAGGUCAGAGGUGACAGUGUUUAUUCGAGAAUACCAGCAGCGAGAAGUGAGGAAGGCCGAAGAGUUAAUCGAAAGAAUUGAAGUGGAAAUUGAGGAGCUGAAGAGAAAAGAUGCUUCAAUAAUAGAGAUUUUAAAGACCGAAGACCAGAUCUACUUCCUCCAGAAAUUCCCAUCUGUCUGCACCCAUCUUGGAGACGAAGACCUGCUCAACAUCAACAUCUGUGGUGAUUUUCUUUCGGAGUCUUUAAGGACAAACUUGUGUGAUGUGAAGAAGCACCUGAGGGACACCAGCUUAUGGGAGGUAGUAAAGAUUGCUCAGACAGGUGUCGAAGCUCCAGUGUACAGCCUUCAGAAUCCAGCAUUCGUGUCUAGACGACACCUUUUAAAAUACUUCUGUCACCUCACUAUGGACCCCAGCACGGCCCACAAGAAUCUCAGUCUUUCUGAUGGGAACCGGACUGUGAUACAGAGACAAGAUGGCCGUUCUACUUUUAUACACCCGACUAGUUUUGAGCAGGUGCUCUGUUCAGGCAGCCUUUGUGGUCCUUACUGCUACUGGGAAGUGGAGUGGAGAGCAAAUGUGGAUAUUGGCGUCACACACAAAGGAAUCAACAGGAAAAAAACAAACGAGGAAUGCCGACUUGGACGCAAUGAUAGGUCUUGGGGUUUAUCUUGUGAAGAUGGCCAUUACUCAGCAUGGCACAAUAAUACGAGGACUGAUAUUCUAGGUCCUUGUUUUAACAGGGUAGGAGUUUAUGUGGAUUAUCCUGCACGCUCCCUAUCGUUUUAUAGUAUCACAGAUAAAGUGUCCCUUUUACACAGGUUCACGAUCACACUCAAAGAGCCACUCUGGCCAGGCUUUUGUAUCGGACCUGCCUCUGGUGUAACAAUUUGUCUUCUAAACUAGUGUGACUAUCAAGCAACAUCUUGGCCGCAUUAUCCAGCAUAACUUUAAUUGUGAUUUAGUGAAGUAUAGUGUAAUUAAAUUGAGGUGAAGAGCAGGCUCACGGUAGGAAGGAUGUUAGGGCGUAAAAUCCAUCAUUUAUUUUCUGAGUAAGAAAUGUACAUGCUUACAUGUAAGCUUUUAGUUUUA